AUGACAAAAUCAGAGCUUGAAGAAAUUAAUACAGCUACAAAUAUAUUGAAACAAAACAUAGAAAAAAACAACGAUUCAUUAUCUAGAAAAUUGCAACGAAUCACAGAUACAGUGAAAAAUGCAUAUACACAAAAACAGAAGUCCGGUGAAAACAGGCGUUCGUCAGAAAUUACUUCAACAGUGCAGAAAGAAACACCACCGAGAGAAAAGACUCUUAUAAUUGGUGAUUCUGUGAUAAAGGGGAUUCAACAAAAAGGAUUGAAUGAUAAAAUAGAUAUCAAGAAAUGCAGUGGAGCGAAAAUAAAAGACAUUUCAAACAGCCUUGACAAUUUGGAUAUGGGACCAUAUUCUAACGUCAUAAUACAUGUAGGCGGAAAUGACGUUAGUGGCGGCAAACGUCACGAGACGUCCUACCAGGAACUAGCUAACAGAGAUAGUCCAUUGUUCAAAAAUAUGUGUCAGUCAGAUUGUGCAAUAACUCCAGGACUAUAUGCCAUGGUUGGUGCAGCAGCAGCUUUAGGUGGUGUCACAAGAAUGACAGUUUCAUUGGUGGUGAUAAUGUUUGAGCUGACGGGAGGACUUCAGUAUAUUGUACCCCUAAUGCUCGCCACCAUGGCAAGCAAGUGGGUUGGGGAUGCUUUAGGUAAACAAGGAAUCUAUGACGCACAUAUUCGAUUAAAUGGUUAUCCAUAUCUGGACAAUAAAGAGAGUUUUACUCAUACCACGAUAGCAGCAGACGUCAUGCGUCCAAGCUCCCCUGAGCUAGCUCAGGUUUCUCUGUUUUCAGAAACAUUGUUGAAGGAGACAGAACACAAUGGUUUCCCUGUGGUGGUCUCCCUUGAUUCCCAAUAUCUGGUUGGCUUUGUUACAAGAAGAGAUCUACAAUUAGCUAUAGCAAAUGCACGUAAGAACGUGGAGGGCGUGGUCAGUGAUUCAAUAGUUUUCUUCUCUAAUCAGAUCCCCAGUAAUACAGUAGGACCUGCCCCUUUAAAACUCCGAAAAAUAUUAGAUCUGGCUCCUGUUACAAUAACAGACCAAACUCCCAUGGAGACAGUCGUAGAAAUGUUCAGAAAACUUGGCCUCAGACAGACUUUAGUUACUGUUAAUGGGCGACUACUUGGCAUAAUAACUAAAAAAGAUGUAUUACGUCACAUAAUCCAGCUGCAGAAUCAGGACCCAGACUCCAUCUUGUUCAACUGAUCAUAUCUUAUCAUUGUUGUCAUGGAAACAUUGUUGUUAUAGAAACAAGCAGACAGUACACUAUCUUGUGAUCAUCAUAAAAACACUGAUCACAAGGUGAACAGCCAUUGUCAGAUUAUAACUGACCUUGAUAUUGUCUAUGAACAAAGUUUUAUUUUUGUUGUCAUGGAAACUGUACAUGCUUAGAAUUUGUUAUCAAACUGAACAUGUUUUGAUUUUGUUGUCUUGAAAACCUAUCAUGUUUUGAAAUUGUUGUGAAUGGUAACUUAUCAUGGUUUGAAUUCAUUGCCAUUCAUGUAAAGAAUUAGGCAAUGUAAGGUUCAGAUGAUGACUUUAAUAUUGUAACAGAAAUAAAAAAAAUGUAAAUGUUAAAAAAUUGAAUUUUAUCUAAAAAGAAAUCUGAUUUUUGUUGUCUGGUGAAGCAGCUGAAGAUAAAGUUUACCUGCUUAUAUUGAAUAAAUGUUAAACAGAAAAACAGACGAAUUUUACUAGGAACAUGAGUAAUGAUAUGCUAGAUUAAGACAAAGAACAGUUUAGAAUAAUUUACUAUUGUUGCUAUUGUACUUUAUUGUUGCCAUGGUUCUAAUGCCUGUGUUGUCAUGGAAACUCUAUAUUAUUCAAUCUGCAAGUCCAUCUGUCUGUAGUAACUUUUAAAUAUGGAUUGAAUAAUUAUAAAAUAAUGUUGUAAGUCAUGCUGGAAAUUUUAGGGGUGCAGCGUAAAAUGUAUUAAGGGUAUUGUAAAGUGUGGAGCCUGAUGCAAAACCAGUUAUAUUGCAUAGAAAUAGUGGGAAUAAUAAAUGUUUAUAGUGAUGAUGAUAUGUUUUAUUAUUGUUUUAUAUUUGAUCAAUAUUGUUAGCUAAUAAGUGCUUGUGGUUGCUAUGAAAUUGCUAUAUGCCCAGAGAUAAUGUAUUUCCAUUCAAUUUUCUUUGAUUGAUAGUUAAGAUUGUUGAAAUGAGAUUACUGUAACAAGUUGUGUACUUUGAUAUGAGGUGUGAGCACUAAUAUAUAAUUAACAUUUCUUUUAUUUUCAAGCCAAAAUUUAUUAUAUACAACUAAGAUAAAGUUUAAGAAAAGGAAAGUUUUUACAUUUUUGUCAUUGUAACUAUGUUAUUUUUAUGGAAAAGAACUAUCUAAUUGUGUGACGAUUGGAUUAGCCAAAAGAAUUAUCAGUAUGAAUAGAAAAUAUGUAAAGCACAACUUUGGAGGAGAGGAUUUUGUUACUUAGUUAAAGGAAUUAAUGGUAAAUAAACAAAAGGAAUAACACAUCAACACCUUGGUAUGAAAGACAAGAUGUUUUAUUAGAUAUACUGGUUCCAGUCUUUCUAUUUCUUUUACGAAAUUAAAAUAAUGUGUUAUUUUGGUGUUUUAAGGACUGUUGUUUAAAAUGCAAUUUAUUUAUUAAUUUGGUGAUAUUCAGAUUCACAAUUUAUAAUGUUAUAGUAAUGAGUGGUUCAGUUUAAAUCCAAUUUUUUAAUCAAAUGUAAGAUAUAGACAGCAAAUAUUUUGUAAGCAAGCACUUAAAUGAGAAGUUUAAAAAUGUGUAAAAAAUGGAAUUAUUGUAUGAAAUGUAAUGAAUUUUUAGAAUUUAUGUAUGGAAAUUGUAAAAACAGGAAUAUAUAUAAAACUACAAGGUGUGUUGCAACAAAAUAUUAAACCUGUUGUACACAGUGUCUUUUUUAAUUAUAAGUUAAGCUUAAUAUGUACAUAGUGUGGUGAUAUUGAAUAAAGUAAUCUGAUGCACAUGCUGCAAUACUGUAAAUUGUGGCAACUUAAUUUUUUCACAUUGUAAUACUUGGACAGUAUGAUUACCUGUUUUCAACACAGUGUAAAUGAUGAGAAGGAUGGUUUUCUGUUGUACAGAAUGUGUAAUGAUUAAGCAUAUGAUAACCUGCUGUUCAUAGUUUACAAUGUACACAGUGCAUUGUUAUGAAAAUGUGCAAUCUUCUAUGUACAGUCUUAAGCUUUGCUCUGUAUUACCAGUUACACUUGGUGGAAUGAAGUAAUGGUGUAAAAUGUGGUUACCUGUUGUAGCCAGUGUUAUACUGUACAACAUGUUUAUUUGGUGUACGCAAUGUGAUUAUGUAAAACAUGCUUACCUGUUGUACACAUUGUAAUUCCACAUAUUGUAGUACCACAAUUAAUUAUAGCUUUUUGUACACAGUGUAAUUUAGUAAUUAUAGGCUGAGCUUAUGGGAUGAUUCUAGAUCAUAUCGUGAAAUAUACAUGCUGCAUACUGUAAAUAAUUUUGACCUGCUGUACAUAUUUCAAUGCUGAAACUGUUCAUUUACCUGUUGUGCACAGUUCAGUGCUGAGAAAUAUAGUAUAAUAGUGAUUUAUACAAAGUGAAGUGGGUAUGGCAUACGGUCACCUACUGUUCACAGUGUAUUGCUUGAAUCAUAUGAACUGUAUGCUUACCAGGUAUACACAGUGUAAUGUUAUACAACAUGGUUAUCAGGUGUACACAGUGUAAUACUGUUCAAAAUAGUUACCCGAUGUAUACAUUGAAAUGUUAUACAACAUGGUUAUCAGGUGUACACACUGUAAUACUGUUCAAAAUGGUUACCCGAUAUACACCGUGAAAUGUUAUACAACUGGUUCCCUGGUAUACACAGUGUAAUAAUAUACAACAUGGUUACCAGGUAUACACAGUGUAAUAAUAUACAACAUGGUUACCAGGUAUACACAGUGUAAUACUGUGCAUAAUAGUAAGCUGAUGUACGCAAUGAAAUGUUAUACAACUUGGUUCCUUUUAUACACAGUGAAAUGUUAUACAACAUGGUGACCUGGUGUACACAAUGUGGUACUGUGCAAAAUGGUUACAUGGUAUACACAGUAUAUAUUUAACAAGGCACUAAAUGUACACAGUGUAACACCAAUAAAGCUUGUAAACCUGUUGUACACUGUUGUGCCAAAAGUUCCCAGAGAAAUUGAGAGGAUGGCACUGUAAGGCUUUGUCAUAAAAUCAUGAUCAUGUGAAAUAAUAAUUUUUUGUGUGUGUCUGAAUCAUGACGUGACUGUAUUAUUGUAAAUUACAUUUAGCAUUCCAUUAAAUAUUUAUCUACCUUCAAGUUAAGUUAUGUUAUACUACUGGGUUUUAUUUAUCAGAGUUCUUUACUUAUAUAAUUGAAUUAUGAAACAAUCACUCUAAUUUGUAGAAUGUUGUGAAAUUUGACACAGAUAUUUUUUUAAUUUGUUGAGACUAAAAUUGAUAGUUUGUGGGUACAGUUUAAAAUUAUAACAUUUAAGUUGUUUUAUAUGUAAGGGAAUUAUGAAAUUGAAAAAAAAAAUGAGAUCAAAUUAAAGAAUAAUUUAUUCAUAUUUAGGAUGUUGAUAUUCAAAAGAAAGAAAGUAAAAUUCUGAGAUAAAGGUGCGAGGAAAUGUAAGCUUUGUCAAUUUGAAAAUAAACCAUUCAGUUACAGAUUAAAGUGACACCUAAAUUGUAAAAGUUCUGUAACAAAUCACCAAGCGAGAAGAUUGCCAAUAUGCCAUGUUUGCAACAAAACAAGUCAUGUAUGAAAUAAAUUGAAUGUUGGAAGCUUCUUUCCUACAUAUAUUUGGCGGCAAUGGGAAAAAUGAUACUAAGAUGUGAUUUGUAUUUAACAUAAUGAUAUUGUAUAUCUGUAAAACUGUGAUAAGUAAAAACCCAGUAUUUGUUUUAUAUGUUUUGCUGCUCACCUCAGUAUGUUUUACUCAAGUUGAAUAUGUUUGGUCUAGUUUUUCAUAAUUUAAAGUUUAUUUUUGAAUUUUAUCGAGGGGAUACAUCAUCGUUAAGUGAUAUUACCUUUGUUUCUGUUUUGUUAAAGAUUUUUAAUUUGUGACUUUAGUUAUUAAAAAAGUCUGUUUUAUGUAAAGUAUGUUUUCACUCAAAUGGGUGAUUAUUGUAAACAUAUUGUUAUUAUUUUAAUUAAACAAAAAACAUUAACAAAUGUAAAGAUACACUUUACCAUAACAUCUGCUAUUUUAAAAGUUUGUUUUUAUUGUCACAACAAACCAUGGCAUGAAUAUGUUAAAUAAUAGAAAUAUAUUGAAGAAUUAAAUCCUAAAAUAAGUUUAAAGGAAUGCUUGCAACAUUUUUUACAGGAUUUUAUGUGAAAGUCAAUAUUUGUUCAUGAAUUUAGACUUUGUUAGGUAGACAAAUGUGAAGAAUUUCUAUUUAAUAGGGAGUAUUGUAUGGCUAUGUAGAAUUAUCACCAACAUGUCGUAUAUGUUGUUUAUUUAUAUCUGUAUAUAUGUAUGUCAUGUUUUUUUGUUAUUUUCCACUCAUCUUCCUCAAACAUUUAUUCAGAAAGAUUUAUGUUUUACAUUUUUUCCUUUAUUAUAUAUAUUCUGUGAUAAACCCCCAUGAUGUUUUAUAUAUAUAGUAAAAUGCCAUACAUGAUCAAUUCAUGUCAAUAUAUACAUACACGUAUAUGUCAUAGCUAUAUGUUAAUAAAUGUUAAUCAGUUAUUUAUAGACUGUAUGCUUUCGUUUUACACUUCAUAAAACAAUAUCAAUGUGUUCAGUCCAUCAACAUGUUUUUGGUAAUUUUGACAUCUUCCCUUUCACUCAAGUUAUUUUGGUAAUUUUGAUAUCUUCCCCUGUCCUCUUAAUUAUUUAUUUUUGUAAUUUUGACAUUUUCUUCAGGCUCUUACUGAUAUCUUUGGGUAAUUUGCGCCUCUAUAUAUUAUAGUAAUUUUGAAAUCUUCCCUGGGGUUCUAGUUAUUCAUUUGGAUAAUUUUGAGAUACAUGUAUUCCAUUGUAAUUUGUUUAUUUUGUUAAUCUUUAGAUAUUUUCUGUGUCUCUUGUGAUAAACUUAUUUUGAGAUAUUACUUUGAUCCCCUGUGAUUCUGUAUAUUUUGACAUCUUCCCUGGAAUUUCUGUGAUUGAAUUUAUUAUCAAUUUUGACAUCUUUUGGUCAAAUUUGUACAGUGGUUGAAUACCAUUUAAAAUUGAGUACCAAAAAAUAAUUUUUAAAUAAAAAGUAUGCUAAAUGUUCCUGUAUCUAUUGGUGAAAUGGUGAAACACUGUCAACCAAAAAAGUUUGUAUCUGUAUCACCGAUUAAAGGUUUUUUUAGAAAAAAUAAAUGAAUUAAAAUCAUCUGAAAGAAUUCUAAAUUUUAACGAUUUGUUGAUGGACUGGAUACCUUUACAUGUUAACGUAUAUAUGAGGUUAAUACUCGCACAUUGUUAGGAAAAAUAAUGGCAAGACAUAGAUUUGAUAAAGGAAUAUUCCCAAACAUACAACUCAUUAUUUAUGCUUCAGACAGAACUUAAACAUUCUGUUUCUAUUUUCAAAAACGAUUUUAUUUAAGCCUGGUGAUAAACUCUCUUCAGUGUAAUUUGACUUAAUAAUUGUCACAGGUUAUCUUCACUUACGCUUGAAGUCAGACAUGUGUGUUAUGUCUAAAGUAUACAUUUAAGAUUUAUGUUAUUUUCUGCCUUUGAAGGCAUUACCUGUUGAAAUACCUUAUUUGAAUUAUUUAUUAUGUUCAUAAUUGACGUUUUCACAGCCAUAUUUCAAAUCUAAAUGCAAGCACCAUUGUUUUAUCUAUUACAUCAGAGACAUACAUAACAUGUUAUCUAUGUCUCUGAUUACAUCCAUUUAUAAUAUUUUGACAGUUAUGAUAAACUAGAUGACCAUUUUACCUUAUGAAUUAGUAACAAUUACAUGUAUAACCCAUAACCUGCUGGAACCAACAAGUGAUUAGCAUUUGCAACAAGUUUAGAGACAGGGCAGCCAAUAUUAUCUGUGGAUUUUCAAUUAUUAGGUAAAUAAUCUCUGAAUCUCAUUAAAUUUCACAUUAAUUACAAAGAUAAGGUCAGAUGUGAAGGUCAAAUAUCAAAGGUCAUUUGUAUUUUAAAUGUUUACACAUGUAGGUAUUGUAUUUGGAGUACUCAUAUUGAAUGUUUUGUCUUUAGUGAAAUUAUUCCAUUAUUAAACUGAUAACUGAUGUGA